CUUCAUCAGAAAUGAAACUUAUCUGUUCCUGAUUAGUCGUAAUUUGUAUCUGUAUCAUCUGUGUUUAACGGUUUAAAGGGUUUCUUGUACAGGAUUAUCAGUAUUAUCUGUUUUUGAGAGCCUUUGUGUGUUGUUUAUUUUGUAUAGUUUCAAUCAGGUGAUUCAUUUAUUCAGACCCAGCUGUGUUUCACAGGGCUUUUAUAAACUGAACCAGGAAGUGUGAGCUGCUGUAAGUGACUCUGUGUGAGUUUGUUUUUCAGUAAAAUGGCAGAAGCGAAUAUUUUAGGACUUCAGGAUCAGUUCAGCUGCCCAAUCUGUAUGGAUCUAUUCAAGGACCCAGUAACUCUUUUGUGUGGACACAGUUACUGUGUGGUCUGUAUUAAUGGCUGCUGGGAUCAGGAGGAUCAGCAGGGAGUCUAUAGCUGUCCUCAGUGUAGACAAACCUUCACUCCAAGACCUGUUGUAAGUAAAAACAGUGUUCUAGCUGAAGUAGUGGAGACACUGAAGAAGACAGGACUCCAAGCUCCACGUCCUGCUCAUUGUCCAUCUGGACCUGAAGAUGUGGAGUGUGAUUUCUGUAUUGAGAGUAAAUCCAAAGCCAUCAAGUCCUGCCUGGUGUGUCUGGCCUCUUUCUGUGAAACUCAUCUCCAGCCUCACUAUAAAUCUCCUGCCUUUAAGAAGCACAAGCUGGUCGAAGCCUCCGGACGACUUCAGGAUCAGAUCUGCUCUCAGCAUGACAAACUGCUGGAGGUUUACUGUCGCACUGACCAACAGUGUAUCUGCAUGUUGUGUACUAUGGAUGAACAUAAAGGCCAUGAUACGGUAUCAGCUACAACAGGAAAAGCUGAGAAACAGAAACAGUUUUUGGAGGUGCAAGGAACAUUCCAGAAAAAAAUUCAGGAGGGAGAGCAGGAGCUUCAGGAGCUAACAAAAGCUGUGGAGUCUCACAAGAACUCUGCACAGACAGCAGUUCUGGAAACUGAGAAAAUGUUUACUGAUAUGAUCAGUACCAUGCAGAAAAGAUGCUCUGCGGUGACACAGCUAAUCAGAGCUCAAGAGAAAGCUGCAGUGAGUCAAGCUGAAGAAAUCAUCAUGAAACUGGAGCAGGAGAUUGCAGAGCUGAAGAGCAGAGAAGCUGGAAUGAAGGAGCUUUUACUCACUGAGGAUCCCAUCCAGUACCUCCAGAGUUUUCAUUCUUUUGUGACCCCUCCUGGAGCUGCAGAUUUACCAACCAUCGUGGUCAGUGCUUUCUUCUCUUUUGAUGAUCUAGUAAAGUCUGUGUCUCAGUCAAAAGUGAAGAUGGAGGCAUGCUUUGAGGAGCAGUUUGAGAAGAUAUCAAGUGAAGUGAAGAAAAUCCUGAUUCUAUCAAGCCAAAGCAGAGAGGAAUUUCAAGAGUAUUCCUGUCAAUUCACACUGGAUCCCAAUACAGCAAAUGAAUGCCUCCAACUGUCUGAUUCAAACAGAAUGGCAACUAACAAAGAUAUUUACACUAGAAAGAGAUUUAAACAAUAUACGGUUGAAAAUCCAGAGAGAUUUAACUGUUACUCCCAGGUGUUGUGUAGUGAGAGUGUGUCUGGACCUUGUUACUGGGAGGUGGAGUGGAGUGGGGUUAAUGGGAUUUAUAUAGCAGUGUCCUAUAAAGACAUCAGCAGGAAGGGAUAUGAUAAUGAAUGUGUGUUUGGGCAUAAUGAUAAGUCCUGGAGUUUGCUGUGCCAAUCAUCUGGUUACUCAUUCUUACACAACAGCCAAGAAACUAAUAUCACUGUGAACUCUGUCUCCUCUACAAUAGGAGUGUUUGUGGAUCACAAGGCAGGAACUCUGUCUUUCUACAGCGUCUCUGACACGAUGAAGCUAAUCCACAAAGUUCACACCACAUUCACUCAGCCUCUUUACCCUGGAUUUAACCUAAAUAAAUAUUCAACAGUAAAACUGUGCCAAUAAAAAUAAAUUGUUUUGGAUUAGUUUAACACUAUAAGAUUUAUGUAACAAUGCUGCAUGCUGCUUUUAAAAAUAACAUUCACAAUUUCAAGAAAUUUAAAAGCUGACGUCUUGUUUAGUCAAUAUUUUUAUUAAAAAAAAUGAGUUGAAAUGCAAUUAUCUAAUUUUAUGCUUGCAAAAGUAGAAUUAAAAGGUAUAGUCUAGAGUACAAAUGCUGUUUCUUUACCAGAAUACUAAAAUACUAGUAUUACUAAAAUGCAGUGGUACAAAUUUUUAAGAGUUUUUUUUUUUUUCAGUGUGAAGAGGUAGUACAGGCGUUGUUGUACAUUCUUCACUUCACUAGCAUAUCAGUGUCAUCUGAAAUCCUCAGAGAUGUGUGUUCAGGUACACUCUCUACAGGGUUCACACUUCCUCCAUGUAGACCCAUUCAUUAUUACUGGUGAUCAGAAUUGGUGCACUGGUGUAAUAAACAGUGGUAGCUCGCUGGUUAAAAUGUUGCUAAGGAUUGAAAGUGUUUCAAUUCAAAUACCCCGCCUUCCAAGAUGUCACUUGACAAACACAUGAAAACUCUGAUAAAUGGAAGUUGCUCUAUAACAUGCCAGCUGUUUUGUAGUGAUAAAGAAUUGUGCAUGAUUGAGCAACUUGGAUGAUGUAUAAUGGAGCUGUUGUAUAUUAAACCAAGUGUAAAUAAUGACUCAAGCAAGAUCCUGGACACAAGCACAUGCCCUCUAGUAACGCAGCCUGAUUUGCAUUACUACUAUAGUAAAGAGGAUUCAGAAGCCUGUAGUCAUCAGGAAAUAAGACUACCAUGUCUGAAUCAAUGCUUUACUGCUAAAGCUGUUCAAACUUCAUUUUAAUACAAUUUUCAAAAUAAUGAUUCUCAAUGUUCUGUUUUUAUUGUUUUAAAUAAAAAAAAUGUUUUUUUAUAAGUAUUAAAAAAAUCCAACUGAUUUUCCUUUUACUAUAAUUAUCAGUGAUACAUGUUUUGAUUUGUGAUGCUUUUUUUUUACUUGGAGAAGAAUUCAGUGUGAUUAGAUUUUACAGGAACACCUAUGAAACAUCUUAUAGAGAAAUUGGACUUUUAUAUUCACACCAUUUAGGUUCCAGUCAUGUUAAAAUCUAAUGAGUAAAUCCAAGGUGUUCUGUAUUUUUCUGUUUCUUUUCAUUCUUUAUCUGUAUUUUUUAUUUUUUAUCUUUUACAGCCUGGAACUGCUCACUGUGUUUAAUAUCAGGUCAUAUAAACUAAUAGAACUCAAGAUAGAAGAAAAACAGGGUUGCAGAUAAUAUUAUAUAAUGCAUUUGCAUCUUAUUUGUUGUUGAAAUGUACUUUACUAUGUUUAAUAAACUUUACUAGAAUUGCAGAACUAA